AUGUCGGAUAUGAAUGCGUCAGUCACGGAGAACGCCAAUGGCUUCCAGGUCUGUGGCUACGAAAAGAUUGAGUAUGAUUUUGAGUUUCUUGACGGUGUUUUCGACACGGCAAACGGUAAUCUCGCAAACUGCUACCGGGUUUGGAAUCGAUGCCUCGCCGUUAUGGACCACAACAUUUACACAUUGUAUGGCGAACGCAUCGAACGCUACUUCGCCCACCACGGUCUCGAGCUUAGGAUUCACAAGACCAUGAUUGGCGAGAAGGCCAAGAAUAUGGAAACGCUUCUUGCCAUCGUGGACACCAUGACCGACUUCGGGAUCUAUAGAAAGGAACCUGUACUGGUCGUCGGAGGUGGCCUCGUGACUGAUGUGGCCGGCUUUGCAUGCGCAGCAUACCGACGGAACACAAACUACAUUCGCAUUCCUACCACUGUCAUUGGCCUCAUUGAUGCUUCCGUCAGCAUUAAAGUAGCUGUCAAUUACGGACAAUACAAGAACAGGUUGGGAGCAUACCACGCUCCCAUGCACACGUUCCUCGACUUUACUUUCCUCCGCACGCUGCCCAUCUCACAGAUUCGCAAUGGAUUUGCCGAGCUCAUUAAGAUCUCAUCUUGUGCUCACAAGGAUACGUAUGACUUGCUAGAGAAGCAUUGCGAAGAUCUCAUCAACACAGGCUUUGGACGAGCAGAUGGCGCCUCGAUAGAGCUCAUUGCCACCGCCGAUAAGAUCUGUCGUGCUGGCAUUUUCGAAAUGUUGAAACUUGAGUCCCCCAACCUUCACGAGAUCAUGCUCGACCGAGUUAUUGCAUAUGGUCACACGUCAGCUAAGCUUCUUAUGUCUCUUGUUCGACGUUCAACCUAA